AAAAAACCGGAAAUAUUAUUAUUUUUUGGCUAUUUCUUUUUUUGAGCGAAAAGACUGUUAUCCAAAGCGAAAACAACCUGAGUUUUAAAAAUCCAUAGCUCUGUCACUUUGUUUUGUCAACUGUGAUCGGCAAAAUGUCGGCACACAAGACAUUUAUUAUCAAGCGCAAGCUUGCGAAAAAGCUUAAACAAAACAGACCUAUCCCACAAUGGGUUAGAAUGCGCACUGGGAAUACUAUUAGGUACAACGCUAAGAGGCGUCACUGGAGGAGGACUAAGCUCAAGCUGUAAGCUUGAUGCUUGUAGUAUAACACAGUUAAGCUAAAUAAAUUCCCUUCAACAUCUA